AAUUGCUUUUAAGCUAUUUUUUGAUGAACAAUAUUCACUGCUUUUCUCUCUCUUGUUGCAAUGAACAUUUUCCUAGAAUUCAGGAUUUUCAGAAGAAAAAUUCUAAGAUUUCUACAUUAGAAAUUGAGAGAUCACGAUUCUUAUUACACGUAAUUCUCCACCAAUCAGCUGCUAGAGCCACUCCACGUUACACUCCCCGACAAUGGCUGAAUGAAUUAUGAAUUCACAAAAUGGCGAAAACGACAGGGAGUGUGAACAAUUACAAGCCUAAAUCACGACGCCAAAUUAAGUCUAAAAACAAAAGCAAAUACUUCGAAAAUGCGCAAAGAAAAAGCGCUAAACGAGCUGUCAAAUCCAUUAGCAAGCAAACAGAUUCGGAAGGCGGCAUUUCACAAACAAACUUGCCGAAAUUGGGCCCAUUGUCGACGGCUAAAGAUUAUAAUCCAGAAAUAUUUGGGAAGAGAUUAGGGCGCGAUUUCUUUGAUACUCCGACGGAGAAGCUAGCCGUUGAUCUACUCGGGAAGGUUUUGUGUAGGCGGACGGACCAAGGGGAGAUUCUUUGUGGAAAAAUAGUGGAAACAGAGGCCUACCUUGGGGCAAUAGAUCCAGCCUGUCAUGCGUACGGGGGGAAACGGACUGCUCGAAAUGCACCUAUGUACGGACCCCCCGGGACGGCGUAUGUGUAUUUUAUCUAUGGCAUGUAUCACUGUUUUAACAUCUCAAGUAAGGAGGAGGGGGCCUGUGUCCUGGUCAGAGCCCUUGAGCCACUGACAGGUCUGACUCAAAUGAAGGAGCUUCGAGCUGCAAAACGCAAGGAAACCGCAAAACCUUUGAAAGAGCACGAGCUUGCAAAUGGACCGUCUAAACUCUGCACAGCUUUGGACAUCAAUAAGCAGGAGCUCAAUAACAUUGAUAUGGUCCAGUCGAAGCAGUUUUGGGUUGUUGAGGAUGCAAGUUUGACAGGCUCUGAGGUGUUCACGGUCAUACAUACAACAAGAAUUGGGAUCGACUCUUAUGGAAAGGAAGCUGCUCAAAAGCUCUACAGAUAUUAUAUUUUCGGGAAUAAACAUGUCAGUAUGAAGAACAAAGAAGCUGAGAGUAGAAUAGAAGUAGCAUUAUGAAAUUUCCAAUUAUUGAUUUGAUUAAUUUCACUGUCUGCAAACCCCAGGAUAAGGGAUGUU